AUGGUGCAUGUUCUUUCUGAUGAUUCCUUGUCCUCUGGAUCAUGUUGUUGGGCACCGCAGCACGCGCGUGUCGAACGAGCUUGGAGCAGGGCGUCCUCAGGCGGCCCGACUGGCGGCGCGGGUGGUCGUGCUCCUAGCGCUCAUUGUGGGCAUGUCGGAAGGCCUGGUCAUAGUGCUGAACUUCAACUCGAUGCACAUUCUCAAUUGCGGGGACCAGGUGUUGUUAGGGGCUGUGGCCGCCAAAAGACCGUCGCUUUCAUCAACCUUGCUGCCUACUACCUCGCUGGUAUCCCUGCCGCGUUUGUUUUCGCCUUCGUCCGCCGUCUCGGGGGGAUGGGUCUCUGGUUUGGGAUCUUGUGCGGCCUGGUGGUGCAGAUGCUCUCGCUGCUCUCCAUUACCUUAUGCACCAACUGGAACAAGGAAGCACUCAAGGCGAAGAACAGAGUUUUCAGUGAUGCUCUUCCUGUAGACAUGGAAACAUGA